AAUAAUUGAUAAUACAUCUUCAAUUCUUGUCUACAUACAAAUUAGUGCACCUGUUUCAUGGCUUCUACAAUCCGUUUUUCGAUUUUACUCUCCCUCGUUUUGCUUAUUGCAAGCUCUACAAAUGCGCAACUUACACCGUUUUUUUAUGCUAGGACAUGUCCUACGCUUCAAUUUAUUGUAACUAAUACUAUGAGGCAGGCGUUAGUAAAGGAGCCGCGAAUGGGAGCUUCUAUCCUUCGAUUGUUCUUUCAUGAUUGUUUUGUUAAUGGAUGUGAUGCUUCUGUCCUCCUCGACGAUACACCCACCUUCACUGGAGAAAAGAAUGCGUUACCUAAUCAAAAUUCAGCUAGAGGCUUUGAUGUUAUUGACACAAUCAAGUCUAAUGUAGAAGCAGCUUGUAGUGGUACGGUUUCAUGUGCUGACAUACUCGCACUUGCAGCGCGAACUUCAGUUUUCUUGUUGGGAGGCCCCUCAUGGAUAGUACCAUUGGGAAGAAUGGAUGCAAAAAUAGCAAGCCAAAAUGCAGCCAACACUAAUCUCCCACCACCCUUUGCCAACCUAAGUACAUUGAUCUCUUCCUUCGCCGCCCAAGGCCUAAACGCUCGUGACAUGACCGCCCUCUCAGGAGCACACACUAUCGGUCAGGCACGAUGCACCACCUUCCGAGACCACAUCUACAACGAUACCAACAUCGACCCCAGCUUUGCCACCCUCCGCAAGUCAACAUGUCCCGGUCCCGCCUCCGGUACAGGGGAUGACAACCUCGCUCCAAUUGACAUCCUAUCGCCUAAUCGUUUCGAUAAUGCUUACUUUCAAGACCUCGUGAAUAGACGUGGGCUUUUCCACUCGGAUCAGGAGUUGUUCAAUGGUGGAUCACAAGAUAGGUUGGUUAGGCUUUACAGCUUGAACUUUGCUGCUUUUGCUAUUGAUUUUGCUAAUGCAAUGGUGAAAAUGGGGAAUAUUAGUCCCCUUACUGGAUCAAGUGGAGAGAUUAGGAAAAAUUGUAGGAUUAUAAAUUGAUUAAUGUAGUUAAAAUUCAAUAUUGAUUUGUUAAUACUAUGACUUCUAUAUUGAGUUCUACUGUUAUAGGAAGGAUUGGGUUCGUUGUAAAAUAACUUUGCCCUUUUCUUUAGGGGAAAAAAAUGUAACAUAUUGUUGAAUUUAAUGUACUUCUGUUUUAUAAAUUUUAUACUCCAUCUAUAGUUUAUAAAAAUUUC